AUGGGAGCUGCUGCUGUUCUUUCUGGAGCUUACGCUGUUCUGACUUUGGGAACUUUGUUGUUCUCUCUAGCUACUGUCAGGCCCAAAAAUGAAGUAGAGCAGAAGCAGCUCUGUGCUUUCGGGGAGUAUGUGGCUGAGAUUCUGCCCAAGUAUAUCCAACAAGCACAGGUGACCUGCUUCAAUGAGUUGGAGCUUUUGAUCCAUCCAGAUGGGAUCAUUCCAGUCCUGACCUUCCUUCGCGAUCACACCAAUGCUCAGUUCAAGUCGCUGGCUGACCUGACUGCUGUUGAUGUCCCGUCCCGGCAGAAUCGCUUUGAGAUUGUUUACAAUCUCCUGUCGUUGCGGUUCAACAGUCGGAUCCGUGUGAAGACUUAUACUGACGAGCUGACACCUAUUGAUUCGGCAGUGUCUGUGCAUAAGGCAGCAAACUGGUAUGAAAGAGAGGUUUGGGACAUGUAUGGUGUUUUCUUUGCCAACCAUCCUGACCUAAGGAGAAUUCUCACAGACUAUGGGUUUGAGGGCCACCCUUUCCGGAAGGACUUUCCACUCUCUGGUUAUGUGGAGGUGCGGUAUGAUGAUGAGGUGAAACGGGUGGUGGCAGAACCUGUGGAGCUGUCUCAGGAAUUUCGGAAGUUUGAUCUGAAUAGUCCUUGGGAGACAUUUCCUGCCUAUCGUCCUGCUCCAGAAACCCUGAAAAUAGAAGCAGGAACCAAGAAAGAAGAUGCAAAAUAGUGGCAGAAGGAAGAAGAUGUGUGGAACUAUCCUUUCUGUUCUGCCAUAGUAUUUAUAAUAAUAAAAGGUGAUAUGA